CUCCACACCUGCUUUGGGCAACCUGGUCCAGGCUCUGGCACCUCAAAGGAAAGAAGCUGCUCCUCAUAUUCAGAUGGAACCUCCUGUGCCUGGCGAUGACAUCCAGAACGAGCUGUUCCGUCACCUUUCCAGGGUUGGAGGCACCUCUCCUGUUCUCCAAAACACUUAUGAUGACGGAGAGCGGCUCUGCAAUGACGUCUGCCAACUCUUGGCGCUCCUCGGUGCAUCCCAUGGAUUUGUGGAUGUCAUAAUUGAAUAGAAUUAGCUUGUGAAAGCCGCCAAUAAGCACCAGAACUUGCAUAGGAGGGAGAGCACUGCGAUUUACCCCGUUUAGCAACGGCGAAUCGAGAGACCAAGGGAAAAGCUGAAAUCUUUUCCGAGGGCACUUCCUGAAUUACGAUGUAUAUAUAUAUCAGGAAAACGGAGCGGGGGGAAGUGGAGGCUUUGAAGCAAGAGUUCUCGUGAGUCUGGUGAAGAUCCUACCUGUGCUUGACUAAAUGGAUAACCAGGCAUUUGAAAUGCAUGGAGAGAACCUGCGAAGCGCUUCCCAUGGAAAACAGUGGCCACAGAAAGAGGAAAGAAAGGGCGGCUGGUCCCUAAUGAAAGUCUUUCUGGUUUGCCUGUUGGCCUGUGUGAUCACCACGGCGAUUGGGGUGCUGAUCCUGUCCUUGGUUUAUGUGAAUAACCCUCCUUUUGUGAGAGACACCGAUGGUGGAGACAAGGGAGCAUCUUCCUCGAACCCAGAGGAGAAAAGCGUGGAUGUCAAAUUCCAGUUCCUGAAUCACCUGGGGAAAUCAAAGGUAUAUACCUACCCGGGUGGUGAAAUUCAGUGGGCAAGAUUCAGGAAUGAUGUAAAUGAAUAUCUAAGUGAGGAAGAAAUGGCAUUUGGCAAAAGCAUCAAUAACCAUCGCUCCAAAAUGACUUUUGGAACCUUACGGAUCAAGAGCAAAGGGCUUCGGGCUCCCCACUGGCAUUUUAAUGCCAACGAGCACGGCUAUCUGCUGCAGGGCACCGCCUGGGUGGGAGUGAUCGGCCCAGACGACAGCGUGGUCACCACGUACAACGUCACGGCCGGCCAGGUCAUUUUCUUCCCCAGAAACACCGUGCACUGGAUCAAGAACGUCGGGCCGGACGAGUGCUUGUUCUUGCUGUUUUUCACAACACACGAAGAACUUCAGACCUUAGAUGUAGACGACGCCUUUUUCUCCACCCCAGAGGAUAUCGCAGCUCGAGCACUUCAGCCACAAGGUGGAGUCAACUUCAUCAGAACCUUCAAGAAACAAGCAGAAGAUCAAGCGGUUAACCUCCCAUCAAACUUAAACGAGCUGGUACAAAAUGCCACCUACGUGCAGUCCCCAGACAACCUUGUGUGGCAAUACUUCUACGAUCUCAAAGGGUCAGCAGAAUAUCCCUUCCCAGGAGGAAUCUUCCAGUGGGCUCGUUACCGCAUCAACGGCACCGGACUUAACGAAACGGAAAGAAUCUUCAGCGAGUCGCUGAACAAGCACGAAAACACCCUGACGUUGGCAACUCUGCGCAUCUUCAGCAACGGGCUGGGGCAGCCGCAUUUCCACUUCAACGCUAACGAGAUGGGUUAUGUCAUUAGCGGCUGCGCGCAGGUCGGAGUUAUUCUCUCCGGAGUCACCGCCAGCUUCAACAUUGGCAUCGGAGACGUCAUAUUUUUCCCUGUCGGAACCCAACAUUACAUCAAGAGCGUGUGCGAUGAGGAUUUAUUGUUGAUUUUAGCCUACAGCACGGGAAACCAGCUGGAAACCCUUCGCAUGAAGGACUAUUUCCGCAGAACCGCAGAUCACAUCCUUGCUCAGCUGUUUUUCAAGCAACAGGCAGAGUUUAAGAAUUUCCCCUAAAACUGAAGCUCACGACCUCUCUUACAACCAAACAGCUCCAGGAACGUUUAUAUGAUCACCGUAUUUCUAAUAGUACUUUUUGGUACUUUACUCGCUAUUUAUCUGGAGAUGUUCAGGAGAAAGAAUUGGGGGUUGCUAAUUAUAAAAAGCUAUUUUGUCUUUUGUAUUUUUACAGUGUUUUAUUUAUAGCGCUACGUAAUUUGAUUGUAUAUUAAAGUAAUUUCUCCAGUUCA